AUGGUUUCUUUCCGACUGCACUUGGCGGCGUUCCUGGCCUACUCGUUCUCCUUCGCAGCCUCGGUCUCGCGUGCGGCCCCUCCUUUCGCAGAGCUUCUCGACCGAGCAACGGGCGUCCUGCCCAGCAAGGACUCCUUCUACGCGUUGCCAGAGGACCUCGAAAGCGUCAAGGCCGGAACAGUGCUGCGGCACCGGCCGCCGCCAAAUCCCAUCGCCGCCUUUGGCGUGCUCCCGGCCAACGUCAAGGCGAGCCACCAGAUUCUCUAUCGCACGACCGACAGCCUCGGCAACGCGACGGCCACGGUGCUGACGGUGCUCGUGCCGCACAAAGCCGACCUCUCCAAAGUGCUCUCGUACCAGGUGGCCGAGGAUGCGGCCUCGAUCGACUGCGCGCCCUCGUACGCCUUCCAGCUCGACCAUCAGACGGGGCCGGACAAGGGAACGAUGCUGACGCAGGCGGAGUUGCUUCUCGUCGGCGCGGCGCUCGAACGGGGCUGGGUCGUCAUCGUGCCCGACUUCCUCGGUCCCAAGGGUGCCUUCUUGGCCAACGGGAUGGCGGGAUACGCAACCCUCGACGGGAUCCGGGCGGCCAUCAACUCGGGCUCCUUCACCGGCAUCGUCAAGAAUCCAACCGUCAGCAUGUGGGGCUACUCGGGAGGCAGUCUCGCCUCCUUGUGGGCCGCCGAACUGCAGCCCUCGUACGCGCCCGAGCUGGAGAUUGCCGGCGCUGCCGUCGGCGGGACGGUGCCGAACAUCACGACGGCCGUCAUGAGCGUCAACGGCAAGGGCGCCGCAGGGCUCAUCCCCUCGGGCGUCGUCGGCCUGAUGAAUCAGUAUCCGGAGCUCGUUCCGGUGGUGGACAAGCAUUUGCGGCCGCGGUUCCGCGACGCCUUCUACAAGGUCCGUCGUCAGUGCCUGCGUGCGACGACGGCCCAGUUCCGAAACCUCGACGUCGUGGGCAUGUUUGACGACCGCAACCUCAUGUACACGAAUCCGACGGUCGUGAAGAUACUCGAAGCGAACGGAUUGGGAAAAGGCGCCAUUCCCAAGAUCCCCUUGUUCGUAUACAAGUCGCUCAAGGACGAGAUAAGCCCGAUCGGCGAGACGGACGCGCUCGUCGGCCACUACUGCGCAGGGGGGGGCCGGAUCGAGUACCAGCGCGACGAGCAGUCGAUGCACAACAAUCUGGCCAUCAUUGCCGUCCCCAAGGCGCUUUCUUGGCUCAUCGCCACCAUGGAGGGAAAGAAUCAGACAGGGGAAUGUGUGACUCGAACCGUUUUUUCCUCCUUGCUGGAUCGGGCGGCGCUCGGGGUACUUCCGAAAAUUCUGCUGGAUGUGCUGCUUGAUCUGCUUGGAAAGCCGGUCGGCCCCCUUAUGGAGGAGACGCCCGAUUCAGCAUAG